AAUUCGCCGGUCCGCUGUUUUCCAUACAACCAUUUUUUGGCAGACGCGAGUUGUCUGGAGGAAUUUUUGCAUAGAAUUGCCGGUAUUUUUACCUCAGAUCGGCCCUCAAAUUGGCGUUAUAAUCAAAUAAAAACGUGUUUAAUUUUUUAAACAAUAAUUCGUUCAUUGAGUUAACAUUAACUUUACAAUUUCACAACUUUUGUUUACGCAGUAUUCGUUUUUUUUUACCUGCUACCAAACAAACGUGUGGAAUAGUCAACGGCCAGUAGGAUAAGCAGCUGCAAAAAUGUCUAAUUACGCUUUGGAUAAAGACACGUUUUUGCGCCGAAUUAAAAGAUUAUAUUCGGAGUGGCGGGAACCCGCCAUAGCUCAUGAUGAUACUUUAAAGAAAGUGGACUGCAUCAUGUGUGUAGUUGGAGUUGAUGAGGAUAUAGUUUAUUCGAAGUCCCGUGCGCUGGAAAUAUGGCUGUUGGGCUAUGAACUCACCGAUACGAUAUCUAUAUUUGCGAAAGAUGCCGUAUAUUUCUUAGCAAGCAAAAAAAAGAUUGAAUUUCUUAAACAAAUUGAAAAUUGCAAAGAAGAAGGUGUACCCGAUAUAAAAUUAUUGUUGCGAGACAGGAAUGACAAAGACAAAGCUAACUUCGAUAAGUUAAAAGAAGUGAUGAAAUCCUCAAACAAAGGUAAAAUAUUGGGAGUUUUCGCUAAAGAUGUUUCUUCCAGUGAAUUCUGCGAUUCUUGGAAAGCUGCUCUAAAAGGAGAGAACUUUGAGAAUGCAGAUGUUGGCGCAGCAUUGGCGUAUAUUAUGUGUCCGAAAGACGAGCCGGAAAUAAACAAUAUACGUAAAGCAUCACUUGUUUCCGUGGAUUUAUUUAAUAAAUAUCUUAAAGAUGAAAUUAUGGACAUCAUUGAUUCAGAUAAGAAAAUAAAACACGCUAAACUUUCGGAAGGUGUUGAAUCUGCGCUUACCGAUAAGAAAUACGUAUCUGGUGUGGAUACCGCUGUUUUGGAAAUGUGCUACACGCCUAUCAUCCAAUCUGGUGGAUCUUAUAGCCUAAAGUUCUCUGCGCUCAGUGACAAAAAUUACUUACAUUUCGGUGCGAUUGUUUGCUCUUUGGGUGCGCGUUACAAAUUUUACUGUUCCAAUAUAUCCCGCACAUUUUUGGUUAACCCAACUGAUACAAUGCAGGAAAAUUAUAAUUUUCUUGUUAACGUACAAGAGGAAAUACUAAAACUUUUGAAGCCUGGAGCUAAGUUGAAUGAAAUUUACGAUAAUACUGUUGAAUAUAUUAAAAAGGAAAAACCGAAAUUGUUCGAUAGUUUUACCAAAACAUUUGGUUUUGCUAUGGGCAUAGAAUUUCGAGAAAACUCAAUAGUAAUUGGACCAAAAUGCCAAGCCACAGUUAAGAAAAAUAUGGUAUUUAACGUGAACGUAGGAAUAUCGAAUCUCACUAAUUCGGAGGCAUCUGAGAAAGAGGGCAAAACAUACGCACUCUUCGUUGGCGACACUGUGCUGGUUGGUGAUACCUCUCCGGCCAAUAUAAUGACGCCAUCAAAGAAGAAAAUAAAAAAUAUUGGAAUUUUUAUUAAAGACGAUAGUGAAGAAGAAGACGGCGAUGAGAAGGAGGAAGUGAAGGAAGAUAAAGGUUCCGAAAUAUUGGGUCGAAGCAAACGUAACGCAGUGCUUGAAAACAAACUGCGUACAGAGACUAACACUGAGGAAAAACGCAAACAGCAUCAGAAAGAAUUAGCUCAAUUGCUGAAUGAAAAAGCACGCGAACGUUUGGCUAAACAAGGCGAUUCGAAGGAGGUCGAGAAAGUGCGGAAGAACACAGUAUCGUAUAAAUCCGUUAGUCAGAUGCCACGUGAACCAGAAGUUAAGGAAUUGAAAUUAUAUGUGGACAAAAAGUACGAAACUGUUAUUUUGCCAAUAUUUGGCAUACCAGUACCAUUUCAUAUAUCCACCAUCAAAAAUAUUUCCCAGUCUGUGGAAGGAGAGUACACGUACCUACGUAUAAAUUUCUUCCACCCGGGCGCUACAAUGGGCCGCAACGAGGGUGGUUUAUAUCCACAACCAGAGGCGACAUUCCUCAAAGAAGUGACUUAUCGUUCUUCAAACGUUAAGGAACACGGCGAGGUAACAGCCCCAUCGUCUAAUUUGAACAAUACUUUCCGCCUGAUUAAAGAAGUACAGAAACGCUUCAAGACUCGCGAAGCGGAAGAACGCGAAAAAGAGGAUUUAGUUAAACAGGAUACCCUUAUUCUAUCGCAAAAUAAGGGUAAUCCAAAACUUAAAGAUUUGUACAUACGCCCGAAUAUCGUUACCAAGCGUAUGACCGGUAGUUUGGAAGCGCAUACAAAUGGUUUCCGUUACGUAUCAGUUCGCGGCGAUAAAGUUGAUAUUCUUUACAACAAUAUAAAAAGUGCUUUCUUUCAACCCUGUGAUGGUGAAAUGAUAAUUUUGCUACACUUUCAUUUGAAACAUGCCAUUAUGUUUGGCAAGAAGAAGCAUCUUGAUGUUCAAUUCUAUACCGAGGUUGGUGAGAUCACAACCGAUUUGGGUAAACAUCAGCAUAUGCAUGAUCGUGAUGAUUUGGCAGCUGAACAAGCAGAACGUGAACUUCGUCAUAAAUUAAAAACAGCAUUCAAGAGCUUCUGCGAGAAGGUGGAGUCGAUGACUAAGCAACAAGUCGAAUUCGACACACCAUUCCGCGAACUGGGUUUCCCUGGUGCACCCUUCCGCAGUACAGUAACAUUACAACCAACCUCUGGCAGUUUGGUUAAUCUCACUGAAUGGCCCCCAUUUGUGAUUACGCUGGAUGAUGUAGAGUUGGUACAUUUCGAACGUGUACAAUUUCAUCUUCGCAAUUUCGAUAUGAUCUUUGUUUUUAAAGAUUACAAUAGGAAGGUGGCGAUGGUCAAUGCAAUUCCAAUGAAUUUGCUGGAUCACGUGAAAGAGUGGCUGAAUUCUUGUGAUAUACGUUAUUCGGAAGGUAUUCAGUCUUUGAAUUGGGCAAAGAUUAUGAAAACUAUUACAGACGACCCGGAGGGUUUCUUUGAGCAGGGCGGUUGGACAUUUUUAGAUGCUGACUCAGGAAGUGAAGAUGAAAAAGAUGAGGAGGAAUCCGAAGAGGAUGAAGCAUACGAACCCACUGAUAUCGAGUCUUUCGAUGAAUCCGAUGAAGAUGACUCGGAGUACUCGGAGGCAUCUGAGGAUGAGAGUGACGAUAGUGAAGAGCUUGGAUCGGACGAGGAAUCUGGUAAAGAUUGGUCUGAUUUAGAGCGGGAAGCUGCUGAGGAAGAUCGCAAUCAAGAAUAUACUGAUGAUAAGCCAAAUGGCAAGCAUUAUGAUUCAAAGAAACACUCGAAGAGCUCGAAACACAGUCGCAGAGAUCGUGAAGUGCAGCUUCGGCAAAGUAAAAAAAGUAAAAAUACCGCUUCUACUUCAAGUUCAUCACAUUCAAAAUCUGCCAAGCAUGCAAGCUCGAGCGGGCAUAGCUCAAAGGAUAAGCAUCAUGAUCGCAGUCGCGACAAGCAUCAUUCCUCAUCAUCGUCGCACAAAGACAAGAGCAAGGAUAAGAGUAGUCAUCAUAGCAGCAGCAGCAGUAGCCACAAACGGUCGCGGGAUGACAGUCGAGACCAUGGCCAUAAAUCAAAGAAAUCGCGCCACUGAGUGUUGUACGCAGUAUAAAUACAUUACCCGGCACGACUAAUUUUAAUAAAUGAAAAAUACUGCAUACAUAUUUGUUUACAUGUCCAUGUCUGAUUAAUUUCCAUUUUUGUUUGUAUUUGAAAACAGCCAGUUUUACUUCAGAAUGUAAAUUUAAUCAUAAACAGAAAAUGAAACUUAUAAAUUACACAUUUAAAAUAAGUUUGAAUAAAAACAAAUAUUCCACAUUUG